AUGCUCAUGACAGAGACUGCUGCGUCGGCGCAAUUUUAUCCUCAGAAGAAAAGUACCCAGUACGCGCGCAAGAGAUUGCCGCACGACCAAUCCCUCGACUACCACGCCGAAACAGACCCGAGUCACUUGACAGCCACUUCCAACAUGAAUGGCAUUGCGGGCACUGCCCCACAGGGCAACAUGCGACGUCAUUUGCGUUCUCAACAGAUUGGAGACCGGAUGGUGGGAUGGCGUUUUGACGGUGUGCGCGGUUGGUUCCCCUCCAAUUAUUGCGAGGUCAUCACAAACCCGGACGAGAUGCCGCAGGUAGAAGACGAACCAUUGGGAGAGGAAGACGAGCAUGAGUUUGAAGAGCAGUUCGACGACGAAGAGGACGAGUCGGAUCACGAUGGAACAAAUGGACUGCCUCUCGAGGGCACGCAACCUGGCGACAAGUCGAGAGCCGAUUUCUGGAUACCACAAGCAACUCCAGACGGCCGCUUGUUCUACUACAACAUGAUGACGGGUGACCGCAGUAUGGAACUUCCUCUUGAGUCCCCCGUGUCGGCCAGCGAGACCGGGCCCCGAGACCGUAUGAACGUCAGCAUACCAGAUCGAACACGACCGCCACCUGAGAUGAUGGCCCGCGGUCUGACGCAGGACGAAGACGAGGAUUCAGAAACGAACUCAGCAUCUGAGAUGGAGGGCGAGUCACUAAUGCUCGCUUCUCGAGGUUCAGGGACUCGCAAUCGUCGCUCACACAACGACAGUAGCCUGUCGCCUUCAACCUCGAUGGACUCUAUGAAUGGAGCUUCCCCCGCGGCUCGUCUGAAAGGCGAUCCCUUUACCACCCAGACUCUGGGCGUGACACCAACACCCAUGAUCGCCUCGGCCACUUCGUUUACCAGCACGUCAUACAAUGCACCACCAACAAGUACCGUGCCGCGCUCAUUCUUUGACGAUGGUUCGACUCCACCCUUGACAUGGACGCGCCUUGUCUCCAACAUGCGACGAGCCGUAGAUCGCUAUCGCGAAGCCAUAACAAACAACAGCCGCUCUGAGUAUGUCGCACGUGCCGAAGACAUCUCAGAUCAUCUUAGACUGCUUCUUGCCGCUGGAUCCGGUACUACGGACAAUCAUUCCGGUCAGCCAUCAAUCAUAUCGACGAACAAAGCCCUCUAUCCUCAUUUCCGAGACAUGAUGUCCAAGUUCUCGAAGCUCGUCAUCUCUUCUCAUAUCGCUGCUGCGGAUUGGCCAAACGCCGAAUCGGUCCAGAAAUGCCUGCAAGAAGCCGAUGGUGUCCUGCUUGGCGUCUUCAGCUACGUUGAGAUUGCUCGGCAGCAGCGUGGAGAGGAAAUUCCACGACUGUUUCCCGGGUUCGUCGUCGGCAGUUCCACGGGUGGCAGUUGGCAAAACAACGGACUGGGACCACGGGACCCCAUUACCGCGAAUUUUCUAGAGGACGAGGAGGGCGUCAUUGAGCCUACUGCGGGACUAGACGGCAAGCUGCUUGAGAGACUAGACGAGCUGAAACGCAUGCUCGUCUUCAGUAUUCGAGAGCUGGACAAGAACCUUGUCGUUACCGAAAAGAUAGUGACGCCUUUCAGACACGAGGUCAUUGGAAAUAAUGUCUGCUCAGCCGGGAGCAAAGUUUUGGAGACUUUCAAGCCUUGGAUCGCAAUGGUUGAAUCCAUCAACUUGUCAUCCUUAGGCAACAGCUUCCAAACGCCUCAGCUAGCCGACUUCAGCGUCAACAAACAGAGUCUAUACGACAACAUCUCCGAUUUGCUACUGGCUUGUCAAGCUGUAGCAGGGCCGCUCGCAGAUGAAUGGGCAGAGGUCCGAGGCGAAGCCCUGGAAAAUCGACUCGAAUAUGCCAGGCAGUGCGCCAAGGCUCUCGAGACGAACUCUUCCCACGUCGGUUUCUCUCUGCAACUUUUGUCAGAGCAGGUUUCCAUCAACCAGCAGCAGCAGCAACCUCAAGCACCAGCUCAAGCUCAAACUCAGCCUCAACAUCAACUACAGCAGCUGGAACCCGCGCCAAGAGAUGUUUUCUCACAACGUGAUCAGCUCCGCAGGGGUGAAACUAUGCCGUAUGAACGUCCACACCAACGCAGCGAAUCCAGGACAGCCCCAACGCGCCCUCCGCUGCUGACCUCACAUUCGUUUAGCGAAGGUGACCCCACAGGCGGUAGCUUCAGGGGGGAUUACUCCAAGGUCAAGAAGAUCCUGGGAGAUGACCCGAACCCUCAGAGUUCCGUACAGCAGCAACUUGAUGAUACGCCGGACUUCUUACUCCUGGACUUGGAGGCUGAUAUCUCAUGGGAUACGAAAACGCAGCCUCCGACAGUCAAAGGAGGCACGCUGCUGGCCCUCGUAGAGCAACUGACACGCCACGACAAGUUGGACUCUAACUUCAACAAUACCUUUCUCCUCACAUAUCGAUCUUUCACUUCAGCAAGAGAGCUCUUCGAGCUUCUUGUUGGUCGUUUCGGCAUUCAGCCGCCGGAAGGACUGGCACCCACUGACUUCGAGCUUUGGAGAGACAAGAAACAGAAACUCAUCCGCGUGCGUGUAGUCAACAUUCUGAGGAGCUGGUUCGACAACUUCUGGAUGGAGGAUUUCAACGAAGAGUCCAAGCAAUUAAUCCGCGAUGUCUAUGCCUUCGCUCGGGACACCGUUAAAUCCACCGAAACGCCUGGCUCAGCGCUCCUCAUGUCGAUAUUGGACCAGCGCCUAAGUGGCAAGGAAGCAGGCACUCGACGCAUCAUUCAAACGGUCAACCAGAGCACGCCUGCGCCCAUCAUGCCGAAGAACAUGAAAAAGCUCAAGUUCCUCGACAUUGAUGUUACCGAGUUUGCCCGCCAGCUCACGAUCAUCGAGUCGCGACUCUAUGGCAAAAUCAAGCCAACCGAGUGCCUGAACAAGACGUGGCAAAAGAAGGUUGCCGAUGGAGACCCUGAGCCAGCACCCAAUGUCAAGCUUCUGAUUCUUCACUCUAAUCAGAUGACGAACUGGGUUGCCGAAAUGAUUCUGGCCCAAAUGGAUGUGAAGAAACGCGUCGUCGUCAUCAAGCACUUCGUUGCGGUCGCUGAUAAAUGCCGGAGUCUCAACAACUUCUCUACCUUGACGUCCAUCAUCUCAGCCCUCGGUACUGCGCCCAUUGCCCGUCUGAAACGUACAUGGGACCAGGUUCCUCAGCGGACUCAGGGUGUACUGGAGAACAUGCGACGACUCAUGGCCAGCACCAAGAACUUUGGCGAGUAUCGCGAGUCGCUUCAUGUGGCAAAUCCGCCAUGCAUCCCCUUCUUUGGCGUCUACCUGACCGAUUUGACAUUUAUCGAGGAUGGUAUCCCAUCGAUCAUCAAGAAAACUAACCUCGUCAAUUUCGCCAAAAGGUCGAAGACAGCUGAGGUCAUUCGUGAUAUACAACAAUACCAAGCCGUAGGGUAUUCUCUGCAGCCGGUCCCCGAACUACAAGAGUAUAUCAUCUCAAAUAAGCAGGCUGCCGGCGAUGUGCAUGAGAUGUACGACAAGAGCUUGCAGGUUGAGCCUCGCGAGCGAGAAGACGAGAAGAUUGUCAGAGUUCUUGCAGAGUCGGGCUUCCUCUGAUGAGCGUUGCUUGUGAAGACCAAUCGCCUAGUUGGACAAAAAGACGAAAAAAGGCCCGGUGAAGAAACGCGGUGUCCUGUGAAGAGGACGGACAAAUGACUGCCAAUGGCGGAGCGGCCUACGACAGUGGCCGGCGAGCUGGAGGCUUGUGUCGGCCUAUUCUGCGCCGUGCUACGGAGUCUGCGUAGGACGGCUUUAUCGAAGGAAGGGUGGGUUGAAGCUAUCACUCAGCGUGCCUUUUUUUUUUAUUCACGCCGGCAAAGAGCACACUGUCGUUGUCAGAGCUCCAGCGCGACGAUAUGGCAUAUGUGUCAUACCAUGUCCUGCAAUGUCAGCUUCAUAGGAAUGUUCUAGUGCAUGACUCGAAUCUGUAGUGAGGAGCGGGGGGGUCGCAGACGGGUGGCAGAGGUGGUGGUAGCUAUCUAGACGAGGAACAGACGAACAGCCGUCAGUCCUUUCUGGAUAUGUUGAAACGCAUCUCUGCUACCGAAGAACUGCGUGAGGAGACAGGUAGAUGUGGGAUCUGCUUCUGCAGGCAGGUUUCUGGGGGUGCGAACAUAGGACGAACUCAUGUUAUGAAGGUUUAUGAGCAUGGCCCAUGAUAGCAGCUGUGAAGUGCCAUAGCAAAUGGCGCCAGAUUUCCUUGGCUUAGAUCUUCGGAAUGCUAUGUACAGAGACCAAAGGAGUCGCUUUGACUACAUUGUUGUGCUUGUGUUACGGGACAGUUUGGGUGGUUUCUUUCAGUCCUUGCGGUAAAAUUAUCAUUGAAAAUAUUUGAGUA